GCAUUAAAGAUCCAGAAUGAAAUGCUUUCAGUUUCCUGUGAAAAUGUCAGAAAACCUGGAGGUGAAACGGAAACAGAGCCAUAAUGAACUGAAGAUUGUUUGAAAUUACACCAUUUUAUUCAGUGAAAAUUUUAAAUCGGCAAAAACAGAAUUAUUUUACAGAUAUUUGACACCUUUUCAUAGAGCAAAAACUAAAUAUAUCGUCCACAUCAAACAUCAGAAUAAUAAAAAUAAUAAUAAUUUUUAAAAAAUUAUCUAAGUUUCUUCUUUUACACGUUUGACUGUAAUAUUGAGGGGGGUGAGGGUGGGGGGGCAACAAGUGUCAUCAUUGGAGGAGGGGCGGUGACGUCACAUACUCUACCAGGUGGCAUUCCUACGGGGGGCCACAUUCCUCGCUGGGGAGUGAUGCAUGCAGGGAAAAUAUCCGCCGCCUCCUUCUGCAGAGGAACAAUAAGCUGACGGCCGGAGAGGAGACACCGCAGCCCGGAUCCUGCUCCUCCUCUCUCGGUGCUUCUCUGUGUUCAAACCGGCGGCUGGUUGCAGCUCCGCGGAGGAGGUAGGCGGCGGGAUGUCCUCCCCGCAGGUCUCCUCGGCCCGCAGACAGUCAUGCUACCUGUGCGACCUGCCCCGGAUGCCCUGGGCAAUGAUCUGGGACUUCACCGAGCCUGUCUGCCGGGGCUGCGUCAACUACGAGGGCGCGGACCGGAUCGAGUCGUCUCGAGACGGCCGGCACCUGAAGCGGGCUCACGGCUUCCAGGAGGGCCGCUCCCCCGCCGGAGGACCGCAGCAGCAGCAGCCCCCCGCCGCGAAGAGCCAGGCGGUGCUGCUGAGUGGGAAGGAGGCGGUGGGGCAGCUGAACCACCACCACCACCAGGCGGACGGACCAGGAAAGGCUCAGCAGCCCGGACUGGAUCGGUACUCGCUCGGAGGGGACAGCCGGGCUCGGUUCGACUACAGCGGCCACAGCAGCAGCAGCAGGCUGCCCAACGGGCUCGGAGGACCGAACGGCUUUAAGGACGACGGACCGCCUGAGCUGAACCGACAGAGCCCGAACUCACGGAGCAGGAGCCACGGAGGCCUGGUGUCGGCACCAGGACAGAUGAAUGUACCGCCGAACUUGCUGCCGCAGACCCUCCUGAACGGACCGGGUCCGCACAUGUCCAGCAGAGCCCCGCCGCAGAGCUCCAUGGUCGGCGUGCUGCCCGGACAGGUCGGGCUGACGGAGCCCGGAGGAAAGCGGCCCGCCUCGGUGUCCAGCACCGACCAGGAGCGGGAGCUGAAGGAGAAGCAGCGGAACGCGGAGACUCUGGCCGAGCUGAGCGAGAGUCUCCGGAACCGGCAGGAGGAGUGGAGCAGCAAGCCGAAGACGGUCCGGGACACGCUGGUCACCCUGUCCGGCUGCACGCCGUUCGACGUCCGCUAGAAAGACCACGGGCUGGUCGGCAGAGUGUUCGCCUUCGACGCGGUGUCCAAACCCGGGAUGGACUACGAGCUGAAGAUUUUCAUCGAGUAUCCGAGCGGCUCCGGGAACGUUUUCUCCAGCGCCUCGGGGGUCGCCAAGCAGAUGUACCAGGACUGCAUGAAGGACUUCGGCCGGGGUCUGUCCUCCGGCUUCAAGUACCUGGAAUAUGAGCGGAAACACGGCUCCGGGGACUGGCGGCUGCUCGGGGAUUUACUACCGGAGUCGCUGCGGUUUUUUAAGGAGGGCGGGGGAGACAUGCUGCCACAGCCCUACAUCGACGGCAGCUACCCGCUGCUGCCCACUUCCCUGGUGCUGCCUGGGGCUCUGGCUUCAGGCAGCGGGAGCAGCAGCUCCAGGGCCAGGAAGAGGAAAGCCUCCCCGGAGCCGGACUCUGACGGCGGGCUGAAGCUGACGGAGGAGCAGCAGCGGCAGCAGUGGAUCAACAGCCAGACCGAAGCCCUCAAACUCUCCAUGGCCGCGGGCUCCUUCGCCGGUCCGCCGCCGCCUCUCGGCCCGGGACACCCGGCCGCAGCUCCCCCCCAGAGCCCUCCGCGCCCCCGCAGAAACGGACAGUCACCGAUGGCCGCGCUCAUGUCGGUCGCGGACACGCUCGGGAACGCACACUCCCCCAACAAGGACCGGGACUCGGUCCACUCCACCACCUCCUCCUCCAGACACAACAGCAGCAGCCCGGUGUCCCCCGCCUCCGUGUCCGGCCAGAGGCGCCUCUCGUCCCGCAACGGGGACCUCGGGCUGCCGGCGCCGUCCCAGUCCUCGGGAGGCCUGGACCCGGUGCACGCCCAGAACGUGCCCGACUCCCCGAUGGCCAACAGCGGGCCUCUGUGCUGCACGAUCUGCCACGAACGCUUGGAGGACACCCACUUCGUGCAGUGUCCGUCGGUUCCGGGCCACAAGUUCUGCUUCCCCUGCUCCAGGGAGAGCAUCAAGGCCCAGGGAGCCUCCGGGGAGGUGUACUGCCCCAGCGGGGAGAAGUGCCCGCUGGUCGGCUCCAACGUGCCCUGGGCCUUCAUGCAGGGAGAGAUAGCGACCAUCCUGGCUGGAGACGUGAAGGUAAAGAAGGAGAGAGACCCGUGAGGAGGAAGAGGAGCAGCUGGAGCUCUUCAUCAUCAGUCUGCUGAGAAUCUUCUGUCUGUCAGUGGAGGGACGUAUUGAUCCCAAGCAAUCAAUCAAUCAGUCUGCUUUUAGUGUGGAUCAGAAAUGAGGUACUUUAACUGAGUCUUUUUUUAUUUUCAUGCAGCAUUUCACAGCUUAUGAUUCUUUUUACACAAAUCAAACACACAAAAUAGUAAAAACAAGCAGAGCUCAGUAGUUUAUUCGCUGUUUCAUUCAUUUUUCAGGCGAUUAAUGUUCAAUAUUUGCUUUCUUUCUGGCACAUUGUUUGAAAUAUUUGAAUUUAUUUGUGGGAAAAUUGAAGUUUGGACUGUGAAGGAGACAAAAUAAUGCUGUUUACGCAUAAAUGAAUUUGUAUUAGUCUAAUUAUAUAAUACAGGUACAGUAGUAGUUAUUCACUACAUUUAUGUUACAUACUUUUGGGUAUUUUUGCAGUAUUUUAGUGUGUAAUACUUCCUUCACCACUCAAUAUAUGCAUUUAAACACCAUAUGUACUGAGUACUUGCAUUUAUAUUUGACCAAAAUGAUGAAAUUUGCAGGACAAUUAACAGGAAAUAUGAGUAAUUUGCCAGAUUUUGACUAAAAUGACUCCCUCUUAAGUGUUUCUCAGUCGUCCUGCAGCAUCUGAACCAGAGAAGCUUCAAUAUUUUUCACUCCAAUUUCUAAAAACGCUGCGAUGAUGAAGUGCAGCGGUUGAUUUAGUGUAGGAGUCUCACACCUAUUUUCUGCAGAAUCAUGACCAGAUUAUUUUGUUUAAUAAAGAAAAGGCCUUAAAUGGUUUAAACUUAAAAUACAUUUCUGAAAGUUUGUUUAUUUUUUGCUCCUUUAUCAGUCCAAAACUAAAAGAUCUGUUUUAUUUCCACGUACGUCAGAAAUCUUCACAUUUUGCAGGUUUACAUGAAGAAUGACUGAAACAGUUGAUCCUAUAAUUAGUUAAUUAAUUCAUCCACCUGCUUUCUGCCGCCUCCAUUUAUUCAUUAACGGUUAAUUUAAUUAAUUAUAUCGUGGGGGACUUACUGUUCCACACAGCUGCAAGUGUCGUCCAAUAACAAAUAAUCACAGUUUAUUUUGUCCCUGCUGCUUCUCCGUCAGACUUUGAGGCUUUGUGGUGAAAUUACGUCGAUAAUUCUUGAAUUUAAUUUCUCUUUUGCGGUUUUAUUUGCAGUGAAGCCGUCGACGCUUGGCAGGAAAGAGUUCUUAAACCUAAAACACGUGAAAGAACUUAACGUUUUCUCACUAAUUACACACUCUGGGCUUUUCAAGGCUCAUAUUCGAUUGAAAAAAACAUUUAAUUAACAUAUACUUUUCAGAAUAAAAGGGCGUUUUAUGUGUCCAGACGAGUGUAGAAUAAUACAAACCAGAUGCCGUCGAUCUCCUUCCAUCCAUUACUGCACAUCUGGUUUCAUUAAAUUCUUUAUUUUCUGCAAAUUUGCUGAAAAUAUAAACGUCUUUUAAGUUGUUUCAUGAAUUACAAGAGCAGGAAAAUGAAAAUGGAUCAAUAUCGUGUUAGAAAGUGAAAAGUUUGUUGAUAUUUUUAUUUUAUUGUAGUACAAAUUCAUCAUUUAUCUUGUAAAAUGUGAAUCUUUUCACCUCUUUACUUGAUAACUUACAUCAAUAAUGCAGAUAAAUUGAAGAGUGUUUCUCUCCUGCUUCGUUUCUUCUGUUAUUGAUCACACUGAUGACUUAUCAAUUGAUCUCGUUGAUCGAUGAAACUCCUUCAAAUCCGUCUCAAAGUCAUCGAUCAAUAACAGCAGAUCAUUUAUCUGCACUGAACUUUUAUCACUUUGCGAUGUAAAAUGUUCACACGAGAACCAGAUAAGUAGUUUAUUGUUGCACCCUGAUGUGUUUUUAUGUCGUAAUAACAUUAAAACAUCUUGUUUUAACACUAAACUUUUCACUUUAUAGCAUGAAACUGAUUCAUUUUUUUCAUCCCGGCAUCGCGUUGCUGCUGUAAUGAAUCAUAUCAAACAGUUUUUACUACUUUAAAAACAGUAAAUAUUUAAUUAGCUGACUGUGCAGGAGAAUAUUCUGCAGCUCUGAGGGAUUUUUUAGGACUGAAGCUGAAAAAUCUACUAAUUAAUUAAUCGUUACAGCAAAAAAAUACCAAGAAAAACACUGAUUUCCAGCUUUUGUUCUGGUUCGACAUGAAAAUAAUUGCUUAUUUUUAUCUCUGGUUUAAUAAACGAAACAUUUAGAGACGUCAGCGUGGACUUUUAACGGAGAAUAAAGAAAUUAACUGAUAAAUUGGAUCAAAUCUGUUUUAUUUCUACAGCAUGUUUUUAAAAAUCAAAGUGAUGUUCAUCUUAGACGACGAGCAACAACAAAAAUCUGUGCGACAAAACAGGAUCGAAAUGUUCAAAAUCCACAUUUAAAAUUAAAGAAUGUGGAUUAAAAUGAAGCACGGAACAGAAAAACAACUUCUAAGAUCGAAUUAUUGACAGAUUUUUACUCCAUAUAAAAGUUUAAAUCAGUUUAUUAACUAAUUUAUUCAAAAGUUUCUUCAAGUUUAAGGACAGGUUCAUCAGGGACAAAAGAAGCUCAGUUAAAGUUUUCUCACCACAUUUUUUUUUUAAUAAAAUCAGAUUUCAACCUUAAAUAUGAAGAUAAUUUUAAAUAAAAGUGUGAAAAUGUUUAGUUCCACCAUAAAAGCUGUAAAAUGAUGCAAUGCUGAAGUGCUUUUUUUCUUUUUUUCUUAUUUGCGUCCUCAUUUAUUUCACAUGGCACAGAAAAAACUGCAGGAAAUUGGUAUUCAGAGGCUGAAAGACUUAAACCGUGUGGUCCUGUUGUUUAGAGAUGUGUUAACUCGAGCUGGACCCGAAUAUCCGAAUAUUCGUUCGCUACGGCGCUGUCCGAAUAUUCGCCCUUCCCCCGUUGGACGUUACGGGGCGGAACGAAUAUUCGGAUAUUUGUCUUUAAUAGGGCCUGAAUAUUCGGAGGCCAGAAACCACUAUUCAGGCCAGCCCUAGUUCACUCACUGUUUAUUUUCAUUCUUGGGUAAGGUUUGCUGUAGUUUUGGUUUAGUUUUGGUUUCAGUAGUGCUUUUGUUUUUAGUCACUGUUUACGCCCGUUUUCGGUUGUAUUUACUUUGGUUUAAAGUUGUGGUUUCCUUUUGUUUUUGUCGUCAGCAUUUACUUUCUUUUACUGUCGCUGUUUGCCAUCAUUUUCUUCACUGUUUACAUUCAUAUAGUUUCGUUGUCGGCCAGUCUUUACUUUCCUAACCCCCUUUUCGAUCACUUAGUUUUUCUUCGUUGGCUGUUUACUUCCAUUUAUGGUCGGAGUUCUUCAGACGCUGUUUGUCAUUUUCAGGCACUGUUUACGUUUCAUUUGUUUAUGGUCAAUCUACACUUUUGUGUUUACUUUCGUUGUUAGCUGCUAUUUACUCUAAUUUUCAUUCACUGUUUAGUUUUGUUUUUGGCAGCUAUUAACUUUGGUUUUGCCGUUUACAGCCUUUUUUUCGAUUGCUUUUUUUACGGUUACGCUACAAAAGUUUUUGGUUUAAAUACACUGUAAAACAAGGCUCUGGUUGUUUCCUGUAGUCUCAUCACAAAAAUAGCCUCUUAAAAAAACGUGAGCAUUGCAGAUUUUUACAGCUUUUACUGUGAAAAUACAUAUUAUUUUUUUUGCUAAUUGCUCCACUGCACAGUCAUUUGUGACACUGGGCUGAUGCAAGGUAGAUGGGAAAACACGCACAUCUGGUUUUAAAUGGUGUUUAAACUGUUUUUUAAAGUAAUUUGUACCUCAAAGCAGAUGAAAUGUAUGUAGAAGCUGUGUGUAAUUAUUGUCUGUUAGGGGGAAACAUUUAGCCUCAAACAUUUCUAGUGUUUCCUGAAGUUUUAUGGACGGAUUCACAGCAGUGGAUCGUCGACGUACGAUGAUAACUUCAGUUUUCUCUCCACUGACACGUUAACGAAGUCGUGAGGUUUCUCAGCGGCCGGAUGAAGGCGGCAGCGGUCAAACAUAUAAAUAUUCUACGUGUGGAUGUUCCAGAAACUGUCGUCUAACAGAAAUCCGAGUGUUGGUGUUUGUCGGAGGUGAACAGUGAUGUUGUGGUUCAGAGACUGACGGUAACAAAAACUUCAUCAUCGCGUUAUAAAGUCGUGUCUGUCAAAGGAAAAAACAAAAACGAUACGUUUUUUAUUUUUUAUAGAAGCUGUUUGGAUUUUUUUUUUUAGAAUCAUUUUUGAUUUUUUUGUAUUUUUAAUUGAUGAUUGAAAAUUUUUAAAUUAAUUUAAAUGUUUUCCUGCAAUAAAGACCUUUUUCUUCAGCCUUUCUUUGUGUUUUUGUUUCACAUCGGAGGUUUGAUUCGGCGGUUCCUGUUUCUGUUCCUGUAGUGACGAAUAAAAAUGAUGAAGCAGAUGAAACGAACAUUUGAUCUUGUAACGUGCCUUGGAGCUGAGUCCGUUGUAAUAAAUUUCAUUGGUAUGAA